AUGCACCUGACGGAGCUGAACACCGAGUGCCUGCUACACCUGUUGUCCUUCCUGGACAAAGACAGCCGGCGGAGCCUGUCCCUCACCUGUCGGCGGCUGUGCGAAGCGUACCUUGAGCCGGGGCUGUGGACGCUGCUGCGCUUUGGCUCCCCAGGUGAGCUGCGCAGGGACAACUUCGUGCUGGGUGCCGCACUGCGUCACCUGGCCAUCUGUUGGCACUCUAGCCGCGUAAAGGUGUGCAACGUGGAGGACUGGAUGAAGACGAGCUUCCAGAAGGAUCUGUGUCGUGAGCACGAGGGGCUUGUCAGCCAGUUCCUGGAGAGAGUCUGCCACACGUGUCCAAACCUGUUGUCCCUCACCCUGUCUGGCUGCGGUCACAUCUCUGAUGGUGACGUGGUGGGCGUGCUGCGCAGCUGUGUGCGUCUGCGUCAGCUGCGUCUGGAGAACUGCUCGCGUGUGACAGACACUCUUCUGCAGGCCGCAGCGCUGCACGGACAGAGUCUGGAGGAGGUGCGUGUGGACUUCUGCCGGAACGUGACGCGCUCGGGGCUGCAGGCGCUGCGGGAACGACGGCCGGACUUGUUGCUAGGCGCCGAGCGGAGCGCCGGGAUGAUCCCCGACACCAGGCCGGAGGACCGACCGCAGGCACGACGAGCACUGCAGAAAGUCCUGCUGUUCGUCUGAGAGCACUGCAGAAAGUCCUGCUGUUCGUCUGAGAGCACUGCAGAAAGU